ACAACAGCCGAGAGUCCUGACUUAGCCAACCAAAUUGAACAAUUUUAUUUUAUUUUUUUUUACAAGGCAGGGAAUGCUGGAUGGGUAGCAAAAAGUCACGUUCUAAUGCAAUCAGCUUUCUGGACUAGGACUAGGCUUUCCCAAGAGUAACACGCCAACACCCUACAAAAAGGGUAUAUAACCGCCCCAGAGAGGCCGGGAGAACCCAGAACCCCAGCUUCCUGCUCAGCUCUACCGUCCUCUGCUAGCAUCAUGGCCACCCAGACCUGCUCCCCGAUCUCUUCUGGGUCCAUCAAGGUCCUCUGUGGCCCAGCGGGCGGGCUCUCUCGGGUGUCCCCCGUCCGCUCCAUGGGCUCGUGCAGGGGUGCUGCGGGCUCGGCCUCCUCCGGCCGGCUGGGCCUCUCGGGCCUGGGGAGCUGCUUGCCCAGCUCCUGCCUAUCCUCUGGGUGCUACCCCUCUGGCUUUGCUGGGAGCGGUGUCUGGCUCUGCGAGGGCGCCUUCAAUGGCAGCGAGAAGGAGACCAUGCAGUUCCUGAACGACCGCCUGGCCAACUACCUGGAGAAGGUGCGGCAGCUGGAGCGGGAGAACGCGGAGCUGGAGAGCCGCAUCCGGGAGUGGUGCGAGUGUCAGAUCCCGUACAUCUGCCCCGACUACCAGUCCUACUUCAAGACCAUCGAGGAGCUGCAGCAGAAGAUCCUGCUGACCAAGGCCGAGAACACCAGGCUGCUCCUGCAAAUUGACAACGCCAAGCUGGCUGCUGACGACUUUCGCACCAAGUACGAGACGGAGCUGGGCCUGCGGCAGCUGGUGGAGUCGGACAUGAAUGGGCUGCGCAGGAUCCUGGACGAGCUGACCCUGUGCAAGGCCGACCUGGAGGCCCAGGUGGAGUCCCUGAAGGAGGAGCUGCUCUGCCUCAAGAAGAACCACGAGGAGGAAGUCAACACACUCCGUUGCCAACUCGGGGACCGACUGAAUGUGGAGGUGGACGCCGCCCCGCCAGUGGAUCUCAACAAGAUCCUGGAUGACAUGAGAUGCCAGUAUGAGGCCCUGGUGGAGAAUAACCGCAGAGACGUGGAGGCCUGGUUCAACACGCAGACCGAGGAGCUGAACCAGCAGGUGGUGUCCAGCUCGGAGCAGCUUCAGUGCUGCCAGACGGAGAUCAUCGAGCUGAGACGCACGGUCAACGCCCUGGAGAUCGAGCUGCAGGCCCAGCACAGCAUGCGGAACUCCCUGGAAUGCACGCUGGAGGAGACCGAGGCCCGCUACAGCUCGCAGCUGGCCCAGAUACAGUGCCUGAUCACCAACGUGGAGGCCCAGCUGGCCGAGAUCCGCUGCGACCUGGAGCGGCAGAACCAGGAGUACCAGCUCCUCCUGGACGUCAAGGCCCGGCUGGAGUCGGAGAUCGCCACCUACCGCUGCCUGCUGGAGGGAGAGGACUGCAAGCUGCCUCCCCACCCUUGUGCCACGGAAUGCAAGCCCGCCGGUAGAGUUCCCUACGUCUCGGGCAUGUCCUGUGCCCAGGCUCCCCAGGGCAGCACCUAGAUUCGCACCAUCGCCGAGGAGAUCCGAGACGGGAGAGUCAUUUCCUCCAGGAGCACAAGCAGGCCU